AUGCGAAUAUUUAUAAACAAUGUUAAUAGUUAUACAGGCGCUGCCUUAGCGCGCGCUUUAAGAGAAGGCGAUGGAUAUCUGAAUAGAUUAUUUGGUACAGCAGAAGGCAUAGAGGUAACCCCUCAGCAGGAAGCAGAAGCUGCUGCUGCUGCUGCUGCUGCGUCAAACAACAACGAAAGCAGCAGCAGCAGCAUGCAGCAGCAUGUUGCAGUACCUUCUUGUAUCCGUAGAGUAAUAUCGAAACGUAAUCCGCAGCAGCUGCUGCAGAACAUCUUAUCUUGUAGUUUAGCUGUUUUUGAUUUGCAUUCUUCUUCUCCUGAUGAAAUAGAAAUAAUAUUAAAAAGAAUUAAAACGGCAGAAAUUAAAAAGCCAUUGACAAUUAUACUAAUCUCCUCCGUUCUUACUUGGGGGGCCACGCCUAAACAGUACAGCAGCAGCGGCAGCGGCAGCAGCGGUAGUAAUAGUAAUAGCAGUGGUAGUAGUAGUUCGGACGGUGCAGCACAAGAAGCAGACGAUGCUGCUGCUGCAGCUCAGCAGCAGCAGCAGGAAGACGGUGAGGAGUAUGUCGAGGAGGAAGAAGUGGAAGCUUCCGAGGAAGAAGAAAGCAAAACUGAGAACGACAGCAGCAGCAACAGCAAUAGCGCAACAACCCCAAGCAGUCCAACAAGCAGCAGCAGCAGCAGCAGCAGCACCAGUCAGCGCAGCAGCCGCACCAGCGGCAGCAGCAGCACCGGCAGGUGCCGUGUACCUUUGCCCUUUAGUCAAGAUCACUAUGAGUUAAGAGUCCCCCUAAGAAAAUACGUAAAAUGGAAGACCAUAGAAACACUUCUUUUAUCAUUAAAUUACAAAGAAAAUUUAAAGGGAAUAAUUGUCUCUUGUGGUCUUUUAUAUGGUAAAGGAGAAGAAAUACUUUAUGAUCUAUUUAAAGCUGCUUGGCUAGGACUACAAACACAUGUCACCAUUGGUCGUGGUAGUAACUACGUGCCUUGUAUUCACGUUGACGAUUUAUGUAAUUUAGUGCGAAGUAUUGGCAUAGAAGGAAAAGGAGAAGAAGACGUUUAUCAUUUAGCAGUUGACUCGUCUUUAGUAACACAAAAAGAGAUAAUAGAGGCAAUAGUGGAAGAAUUAGGAGUAUCAUUUACUUUACCCGAGAGCAGUAAAGAAGCUGCCGCGCUGCUGAUGCAACAGCAAGCAGAUACCCUGCUGCUGCACUGCUGUUUUAAACCCUCUCCUUUAAUGCUUAAACCCUCUUUUAAAUGGAGAGCUAAAGAAGGAUUUGUUGUGAACAUCAAACAAACAGCAAAAGAAUUCUGCACUGCAAGAGGACUCAAGCAAAUACGCGUACUGGUUACAGGUCCCCCUGGUAGCGGGAAGACAGUCUUAAGUCAGCUGCUUGCGGAGCACCUAAACAUUUGCUGCUUGCAGCUGCAGCAGCAGCAGCAGGGCCAGCUGCAGCAAUCUGGAAGCAAGAACAGAGAAGGGGAUGGCUUAUCAUCUCCUUCAGCGUCUGAUGAGCAGAAGAGGAAGGGAAAGAAAGGAUCAGCAGGAUCAUCAACAACAGGAGCAGCAGCAGCGGCAGCAGCAGCGGCUGCAACAGGAGCACCAGCAAGUGCAGGAGGAGGAUCGCGUAAAGGUCGACUUUCUCCUUCUGUUUGUUUUAAACAACUAAAAAUAAAUUUAAAUAAAAAUGUUUGUCGUUAUCGAGGAUUUAUCCUUGAUGGAGUUGUUAAUAAUUAUGAUGAAUGUAAGCAACUCUUUUUGCCUCCUUUAAGGGAUCCAGAAGAACCAACAGCGGAGCCAGACCCCGACGCAGCAGCAGCAGGAGAUACACCAGCAGGUGCAGCGGGAGAUAAUGAGGAAGGAGGCGCCAAACAGUCCCCUUCUUCUGGUGCUGCUGGGGGGGCUGCUGCUGCUGCUGCUCCUUUCCUCCCUGAAUUCGUAAUAAACUUACAUGCUGCAGCAGAAGUAUGCGAAAAAAGAGUAAUGCAGCUUCCUCCUGCUGCCGUUGUCCCUGGUAUUAACGACAGAGAAGGAUUUAAAAAAAGAAUGCAGACGUAUGCACACCUCAAUGAAAAUACUGAAGGAAAACCAAGACUCACAGACUUCUUCCAGGAGUUAGGAAUAGAAGUGUUGGAGUUACCAGCAGAAGGAGAUUUACAAGAAAUGUUGAGUAGUUGUUUAAUAUAUUUGUCACGUAAGGGGAAGAUAAAGAAUUUUGUAGUAGAUUCAGAUACCUGGCUGUUGCAGCAGCAGCAGCAACAGGAGGAGCGGGAGGCUGCAGCUGCAGCAGCUGCUGCUGCAGAGCAGCAGCAGCAACAGCAGCUGCAGCAGCAGCAAAUGGAGAAACAACGCGCAAGGGAUCUAACGAGACUACGUCAUAUUGAGGCUCAUGAGCAGCAGCUGCUGCUGCUGCGCAGUUUACCCCUUCGUAGAUAUUUAAUGCAUUCCGUUCUUCCUAGUCUAUCUGAAGGACUAUUGGAGACAGGGGUGGAGCGCAACAUGGAGAGGAGCCCCAGGAAAGAGUUGAGCGCAGACGCUCGACUCUUGGGCUUGGAGGGGCUCAGUUUAGGGUUUAAGGUUUACUACGUUCCUGUGGAAACCCUUAACCCUAGACAAUGA